UCCUAGGAAUAGGAUGACCAAAGUCACCAAACCACUGUUACGAUUACCCCCCAAAAGGGCCAAAACUAUCGCUCGUCUUCCUCCUCAGUGGCAGUGUUACACUCCUUUGAACUCGAUUCUUCCCUUUUCCCAUUCCCCUUCACAACUCCCUCCUCGUUUGCUUUCUUCUCACCUCUUCAAGCCCUUUUCUUCCACAGCCUUCUCUCAAUCCAAGAAAAGGUUUGCAAGUAGCUUAGCUAUGGACAGCUCAGGAGUUAGCUCGUUUCCAGAAAAUCCAGUUGGUCUGGACAGGGUUUGUGAAGAAGAAUAUACUUCUCAGUCAAGACUGCUCCAAGAAUUCACAGAAAUUGCCACAAUUGACAAGGCAUGGGCGUUUACAUCUUCAAGUGGAUAUGGUUCCAAGGGUAUGUUCGCAAUUAGCCAACCAAAUCUCUUGGCUAAUGUAAGGAGAAGAUACAUACUAUCCUCUCAUAUUUCAAAUAAAAGUAGUGAUUCAGUUAGCUUUGAGUGGGCCCCCUUUCCUGUUGAGAUGACGGGUGUCUUUACUAUUGUCCCAUCUCCAUCUGGUUCAAAGCUUCUGGUUGUCCGAAAUGCUGAAAAUGAUUCUCCUACCCGCUUUGAAAUCUGGGGUCCAGCUCAAGUUGAAAAAGAGUUUCAAGUUCCCCGCUCAAUCCAUGGAUCAGUCUAUGCUGAUGGAUGGUUUGAAGGAAUCUCAUGGAACUUUGAUGAAACUCUUAUUGCUUAUGUUGCUGAGGAACCAGUUCCAUCAAAGCCCACAUUUACUUGUUUUGGUUAUAAAAAAGGCGAUACCACAGAGAAGGACAUGGGUAACUGGAAAGGUCAAGGAGAGUGGGAGGAGGACUGGGGAGAAACUUAUGCUGGGAAAAGGCAGCCUGCACUUUUUGUAAUCAAUAUAAUCAGUGGAGAGGUACAAGCUGUUGAAGGAGUGGGGAGGUUUUUGAGUGUUGGACAAGUUGUAUGGGCUCCAGCAGCUGAGAAUUCGAAUCAAUAUCUUGUAUUUGUUGGGUGGCCAUCAGAUGCUAGAAAGUUGGGUAUUAAACACUGCUAUAACCGGCCGUGUGCCUUAUAUGCAGUUACAGCUCCAUUCUCGAAAUCACAAGCAACUAACUCCGGAGAUAAUGCAUCUAAGGAUGUAGCAGUGAUUGCUCUGACGCAAAGCAUUAGUAGUGCUUUUUUUCCACGAUUCAGCCCAGAUGGAAAGUACCUUGUAUUUUUGUCUGCAAGGACUGCUGUUGACUCUGGGGCCCACUGGGCAACUAAUUCACUUCAUAGAAUUGACUGGCCUGCUGAUGGAAAACCAGGUCAAUCUGGAAAAAUUGUUGAAGUGGUUCCUGUUGUGAUGUGUCCUGACGAUGGCUGCUUCCCUGGGCUCUAUUUGUCAAAGAUUCCUAGCAAGCCAUGGCUUUCAGAUGGAUUUACACUAAUUUUGUCCUCCAUUUGGGGUAGCACUGAAGCAAUACUUUCAGUGAAUGCAUUAAGUGGACAAGUAUCACAAAUCAGCCCCAGCAACUCAAAUUCUGCUUGGGGUCUGCUUGCACUUGAUGGUGACAGCAUCAUUGCUGUAUCUAGCAGCCCAGUUGAUAUUCCUCAGAUUAAAUAUGGAGUCCUCGCUGGCAAGGCAUCCGAAGAUGCCAAGUGGAGUUGGUUAGAUGUUACUAGUCCCAUAUCAAGAUGCUCAGAAAAGGUCAGGUCUUUCCUGUCGUCUCGACAAUUUGAUAUACUUAAAAUUCCAGUCAGGGAUAUCGCUGAGAAUCUCACAAAAGGUGCCAGCAAACCCUAUGAAGCCAUAUUUGUUUCCUCAAAAUCUCAAAAGAAUGACAUGCGUGAUCCACUAAUUGUGGUCCUUCAUGGUGGUCCUCAUUCGGUUUCAUUAUCAGGCUUCUCAAAGUCCUUGGCUUUCCUUUCCUCCCUUGGUUAUAGUUUGCUUAUUGUAAAUUAUAGAGGUUCUUUGGGUUUUGGAGAGGAAGCUUUGCAGUCUCUUCCAGGCAAAGUUGGGUCUCAGGAUGUCAAUGAUGUACUUGCUGCCAUUGAUCAUGUCAUUGACAUGGGACUUGCAGAUCCUUCUAAAAUAGCUGUGAUGGGUGGUUCCCAUGGUGGAUUUUUGACAACACAUCUGAUUGGACAGGCACCAGACAAGUUUGCUGCUGCAUGUGCAAGGAAUCCUGCCUGCAACCUUUCUUUGAUGGUUGGCACCACAGACAUCCCUGAUUGGAUCUAUGUGGAAUCAUUUGGAAGUGAGGGAAAAUCUAUUUUCACGGAAGUGGCUUCUCCGGAGAACCUCACCGCAUUUUACAAUAAGUCCCCUGUAUCACACAUAUCUAAGGUUGAAACUCCUACGCUGCUCCUUUUAGGUGCUAAAGACCUGCGUGUACCUGUUUCCAGUGGAAUACAGUAUGCACGGGCACUAAAAGAGAGAGGGAGAGAGGUGAAGGUAAUCGUAUUUCCUGAGGAUACACAUGGACUUGAGAGGCCGCAAUCUGACUUUGAGAGCUAUCUUAACAUUGGAGUGUGGUUUAAGAAGUACUGCAGCUAAGCAAUCAAAUGCUAGUACUGCUUCGCUGUCUUGCUGGUCUAUCUAUCUAUGGUUUAUUUUGACUUUGAUCUUGUUGGUAUAGGGUUCUCUCUGCUUGUCACAAAAAGAGAACAAAACAUUCUCUAGAUUUUCAUUGUCUCAACAAAUUGAGUUCUUCUGUUUGUACCUUGUGAUACUCAUUUUGUACCAGGCAGUAAAACGAUUCGACCUUCUUCUCUGAAGUGGCUGAA